GCCACAAAAGUCACCAAGCACAAAAGAUAACCAUAAAAAGCGGGAACUAUCAUGUUCUGCAAUCGAUCUAAAUGUAGGAAAAAUGGCUUCAAGUACUGCUUCAACUCUGCCUCUCUCAGAGCUCAAACUUUUGAAAUCAAACAAACCCAAGAAGCCCAUUUCUCCUUUCGUCUACUCCUGCAUUAACAAAAACUUAUAUUCAGCCAAGUUCUCUGGUUUCAAAGCCAAGCUUCCCCUUUCUUCCGACCCCUUUUUGCACUCUGUUCGCAAACAGAGAUCCAAUAUUGGAGAUGGAACAAUGAUCAGGAGAGAAUAUUCUUCUGGGGAAGAAGCUGGGUCGCUUGUACCUGAAGCAGCAGGUCCUCAAGAGGAAUUUUCUUGGUUUUCUGUGGUUUUGCCGUUUCUGUUUCCGGCUUUGGGAGGUUUGUUAUUCGGGUAUGACAUUGGUGCUACCUCUGGUGCUACCAUCUCAUUGCAGUCACCUGACCUUAGUGGCACAACAUGGUUCAACCUUUCAGCUAUUCAGCUUGGUCUUGCGGUGAGUGGCUCUCUUUAUGGGGCUCUCCUUGGUUCUCUUGUUGUCUUCCCAACUGCAGACAUCCUUGGAAGGAAGCGGGAGCUUAUCAUUGCUGCAGUGCUUUAUUUCUUUGGUGCUGUAGUUACUUCCUAUGCUCCUGGUCUUGGGGUUCUGUUAGUAGGAAGGCUACUUUAUGGCCUUGGCAUUGGCCUGGCAAUGCAUGGUGCUCCUCUUUAUAUUGCAGAAACUUGUCCAUCUCAGAUUCGUGGAACUUUAAUAUCUCUAAAAGAGUUAUUUAUAGUUCUCGGAAUUUUGUUGGGCUAUUUUGUCGGAAGCUUUCAGAUUGAUGCAGUUGGAGGAUGGCGUUACAUGUAUGGGUUUGGUGCUCCACUUGCAUUACUCAUGGGGUUAGGCGUGUUGAGUCUUCCGGAAUCUCCACGCUGGUUACUUCUCAGAGCAAUACAAGGUAAAGGAUCUUUAAAAGCGAACAAAGAGAAGGCCAUUCUUGCAGUGAGCAAACUAAGAGGUAGGCCUCCUGGUGACAAGGUGUCCGAGAAGCAAAUAGAAGACACUCUUGUCUCAAUGAAAUCUGCCUAUUCAGAUGAGCAGUCUGAAAGAAGUUUCUUGGAGGUGUUUCAGGGGCCAAGCUUGAAAGCCUUCAUAAUUGGGGGUGGCUUGGUCCUCUUUCAGCAGAUAACUGGACAACCAAGUGUUCUGUAUUAUGCAGGUCCAAUUCUUCAGAGUGCUGGAUUCUCUGCGGCUGCUGAUGCCACUCGAGUCUCCGUCCUAAUAGGGCUCUUCAAGUUAGUGAUGACAUGGAUAGCUGUUAUAAAAGUUGAUGAUCUUGGAAGAAGACCGCUGUUGAUUGGAGGUGUCAGUGGAAUUGCUUUUUCCUUACUUCUACUGUCUGGUUACUACAAAAUUCUUGGCGGAUUUCCUCUUGUUGCAGUUGCUGCUCUUCUUUUCUAUGUCGGUUCCUAUCAGAUAUCAUUUGGACCUAUCAGUUGGCUAAUGGUAUCAGAAAUUUUCCCACUUCGUACACGAGGGAAAGGGAUUAGUCUUGCAGUUCUUACUAACUUCGGUUCAAAUGCUAUUGUGACCUUUGCAUUCUCACCCUUGAAGGAAUUGCUAGGAGCAGAUAACCUUUUCCUCCUUUUUGGGGCUAUUGCUUUGCUCUCACUCUUGUUUGUAGUCCUCGUUGUACCAGAAACUAAAGGCUUGAGCUUGGAAGAGAUUGAAUCCAAAAUCCUAAAAUGAAGGAUUUGAAAAAAAGUUCGUCAUUGAAACUCAAGCACAAUUCCACUACCUUAGACUUUAAUCACUACUUUUUAGCCAACUUGUAUCUAUGCAUGGUUCUGAAUCUAUUUGUGAAGUUACCUUGGGUGUUUUUGUAUUGUUCAAGAAACUGUUUUCUUACCAAGCCUUGUGGUUUAUGUGGUAGCUACUUGUUAAUUUCAACCUUGAGCUCACCUGCUUUGGGUGUUGAAGGUUAAUAAGAGUAGAAUUGAGGCAA